CAUGAUCGAGGGUGGACUGGCCGUGGCUGAACUGGGUGCGGGAACAGAAACUUGCACUUGGGUCGGUCUGCCACCCGCCUCCCCUUGUUCCGAUAUUAGCAGCACGGCUCUGCGUUCACCCCAAAAGCGCGGACCUCCGCUCUGAUCCCGGGUCUAAACCCUUGCGUUUACAACAAACCGACAGGCGACAGCUCAACAAUGGGACCCCCUCCGUAUCCCGGCAAUGCUAUGGAUCGUACCCCAACUAAAGCGAUUUUCGCUUGAGACGGAAACAUAACAGGCUUGUUUUUUGGGAGUGACUCACCUCCCCUUCCCCAGAGUUUGAUUCAAAAAAAGAGUUCACAACCAAGAUGGCCGCCGAUCCCAUGCAGGCUCACAUGGUUUCGGACCAGCUGGGUCUGGGGCACAACCUUGACCUGUCUGAUACCAUGGUGCAGCAGAAGCUAGACGAAAUCAAGGAGCAGAUCAAGAGGGAGAUCCGCAAAGAGCUGAAGAUCAAAGAGGGGGUGGAGAACCUUAGAAAGGUCACCACGGCAAAAAAGAGACUGGCAUAUGUUGAUAAUAUGCUCAAGAAGUCCAACAAGAAGUUAGAGGAGCUUCAUCAAGAGUUGCAGGAACUCAAUGCUCAUAUUGUGGUGAAGGAUCCAGAGGAUCUUCUCUUAGAGUGCCCUCUUACGCUGGACAGCACUAAAAGGGAAGCACGAACAUGCACUAUCAGCAGCAGACUAGCAGCCCUGAAAAAACAGAAUGACAUUGAAUUGAAGGUGAAACAGGGGGCUGAGAACAUGAUCCAGAUGUAUUCAAAUGGCUCCUCAAAGGAUAGAAAACUGCUUGAAACAGCACAGCAGAUGCUUCAAGACAGCAAAACCAAGAUCGAGUUCAUCCGAAUGCAGAUUCUCAAAGCCAGCCAAACCAGCGAGCUCAGCUUCGACAACAAUGAUAUCAUUGCCAAACCCAUCAUCAGUCCACUGGACCUGCGGGUGGAGGAACUCUGCCAUCACACACGGAUAGAGUACGCUGUGGCCGAGGGGGCCAAGAAUGUCAUGAAGCUGUUGGGCUCUGGUAAACUGGCUGAGAAAAGGGCUCACUCAGAGGCCCAAGCCAGAUUCAAUGAGUCCAGUCAGAAGCUGGAUUUGUUGAAGUAUUCGCUGGAGCAGAGACUCAGUGAGCUUCCGAAGAACCACCCCAAGAGCAGUCUGAUCAUGGAGGAGUUAUCGCUCAUGUCCUCUCCGGCCCUCAGUCCCCGUCAGAGUUUCAUAUCCACACUGAACCACAACAGCACUGUUAAAAACCAGUACAGCACCAAACCAGCUGCGCUCACAGGCAAAUUAGAGGUUCGGCUCAUGGGAUGUCAGGACCUGUUAGACAGUGUUCCUGGCCGGUCUAAAGCCACGUCGGUGCCGCUGCCCGGUUGGAGCCCCAGUGAAAUGCGCUCCUCUUUCAUGAGCCGUGGGAAUCGCAGAGGAACCAGUGUUCGAAAUCUCUCCAAAAAUUAUGACUUGUCCAAUGAGAUUAGUGCUGUUCUGAAGCUUGACAACACUGUCGUUGGUCAGACCAGUUGGAAACCUGUCAGUAAUCAGUCGUGGGACCAGAAGUUUACAUUAGAGCUAGACCGGUCUCGUGAGCUGGAGAUCUCUGUGUAUUGGAGAGAUUGGCGGUCCCUUUGUGCGGUGAAAUUCCUGCGACUGGAGGACUUCCUGGACAACCAGCGGCACGGAAUGUGCCUUUACCUUGAGCCACAAGGGACUCUGUUUGCAGAGGUUACCUUUUUUAAUCCAGUCAUUGAGCGAAGAACCAAACUCCAGAGGCAGAAAAAGAUCUUCUCAAAGCAACAAGGGAAACCGUUCCUGCGGGCCCCUCAGAUGAGCAUCGGUACCUGGGGCCGGCUGGUAAGGAGGGCCAUUCCCUCUCCCAAUAACUCAUUUAGUCCUCAAGUGGCAAUGCUGGCAGCUGAGACUCUACACAGCAGUCACCCAGGAACCCCUGUUCUGAGGAGUGACCCAAUAGUGACAAAACUGGACUUUGACAAAGAUGCUACACCAAAGCAUUACUCUCCUGUUAGUAUAAGAGAAGUCCUGCCUGAGGACAAGAUCCCCAACAAAGAGCAAGAACGGGACACUUUGACCUCAUUUGACUACCGAAAUGACAGGAAUAGCAUCAUUGUUCAGUCUGACCUUGAAGAAACAGAAGAACAUGAGACUCAGCCUUCAGCGUUACAGCUCAUAACUGUCCAAAAGAACACAGAAAUAAGGGAUGAAGAGGAGGAAGAACAGUUUCAUUUCAGUCUUAAAGACUUUAAAUGUGUUGCAGUGUUAGGCCGUGGACAUUUUGGAAAGGUGUUAUUAGCGGAAUACAGUAUUACAGGUGAAAUGUUUGCCAUCAAGGCCCUUAAGAAGGGAGAUAUUGUUGCCCGUGAUGAGGUUGAAAGUUUGAUGUGUGAGAAGAGGAUAUUUGAGACUGUGAACAGUGUGCGGCACCCAUUCCUCGUCAAUCUUUUUGCAUGUUUCCAGACCAAGGAGCAUGUGUGUUUUGUGAUGGAGUACGCGGCGGGAGGAGACCUCAUGAUGCACAUUCAUGCCGAUGUGUUUUCAGAACCGCGGGCCACGUUUUAUGCAGCUUGUGUUGUCCUGGGGUUACAGUUUUUACACGAGCACGAGAUUGUUUACAGAGAUCUGAAGUUGGAUAACUUACUGCUUGACACAGAGGGAUUCGUCAAGAUUGCUGAUUUUGGUCUUUGUAAAGAAGGAAUGGGUUACCAGGACAGGACGAGCACUUUCUGUGGCACUCCAGAAUUUCUGGCUCCUGAGGUGUUAACCGAAACGUCCUACACGCGUGCGGUGGACUGGUGGGGGCUCGGCGUGCUCAUCUUUGAGAUGCUUGUCGGGGAGGUCAGACCUCCUCCACUUCGGUUUAUUCAUUUCUUCUUCAUCAUCUCUCUAAAUAAUCUACCGUUCAAAAGCAAUCACAUUACCUCAGUCAUGACCUAG